GUGUCAGUCAAACAUGCGAGUUCUGCAGGUGUCAGUCAAACAUGCGCGCUCUGCAGGUGUCAGUCAAACAUGCGAGUUCUGCAGGUGUCAGUCAAACAUGCGCGCUCUGCAGGUGUCAGUCAAACAUGCGAGUUCUGCAGGUGUCAGUCAAACAUGCGAGUUCUGCAGGUGUCAGUCAAACAUGCGCGCUCUGCAGGUGUCAGUCAAACAUGCGAGUUCUGCAGGUGUCAGUCAAACAUGCGCGCUCUGCAGGUGUCAGUCAAACAUGCGAGUUCUGCAGGUGUCAGUCAAACAUGCGAGUUCUGCAGGUGUCAGUCAAACAUGCGCGCUCUGCAGGUGUCAGUCAAACAUGCGAGUUCUGCAGGUGUCAGUCAAACAUGCGCGCUCUGCAGGUGUCAGUCAAACAUGCGAGUUCUGCAGGUGUCAGUCAAACAUGCGCGCUCUGCAGGUGUCAGUCAAACAUGCGAGUUCUGCAGGUGUCAGUCAAACAUGCGCGCUCUGCAGGUGUCAGUCAAACAUGCGAGUUCUGCAGGUGUCAGUCAAACAUGCGCGCUCUGCAGGUGUCAGUCAAACAUGCGAGUUCUGCAGGUGUCAGUCAAACAUGCGCGCUCUGCAGGUGUCAGUCAAACAUGCGAGUUCUGCAGGUGUCAGUCAAACAUGCGCGCUCUGCAGGUGUCAGUCAAACAUAAACGUUCUUCAGUAAUCAAAAUAAUUUUGAAUGUAACUGAUUUAAAUUGUAACUAUAGUGGAAUACAGUUACUUAUAUUUUGUAUUUUAAAUAUGUAAUCCUAUUACAUGUAUC